AUGCAACCAUUAGUCAAUCCAAACGGCAAUGCAAAGGCACUAGAUAUUGCCCAAAGAGCAAAACAAACUGGAGUUACUGAGAUGUUCAACAGUGACCCCCAGGUUUCUGUUGACAACUUCUCCUUCUACAAAGACUAUGACUUUAUCCAUCCAGAUACAACAGAGAUCCACAAGAAUGCAUUUGCUACAUUAGUGAGAGAAUGUGUCCAUUUUGAAGUUGAAACUUAUGCGAGCAUGUUGACUUUUGGGUUUGAUUUGGGCCAUGUCUACCCCACCAUGGUUGUUUCUUAUAUGACAAACAGUUGCAGAGCCAUCUUGAAAGACAAGUUCAACGUGGAAGACAACGCUAUUAUUGAGUCUUUUGCUAAAAGACUUGUGCAAGAAGUGUAUAAAUUUAUCCAGCCAAAACUCGACUUACCAGACAUGAAUUGGAAUGUCUCGGCGAGAUCGCUUUCUUAA